AUGUCGUUUUCAUCGAUCAAAUUGGAGCCCUCUAUGCAUCUAAUGUCGAGCAACACGUCUUGCAGUGCUCUCAACACAUCCCAAACUAGUGCUAAAUUACAGCCUCUUUUAGCCAAGAAGUCGAGUCCCUCGUCAGCGAUGAGCGGACAAAUGUCUCCGACAGCCUCUUCCAUGAGCUCAUCAAUGGGUUCACCGGAAUUGCUUCGCUGUAAACGGAGAAUAAACUUCGGAGGAUUGGGUUAUGCCAUCCCUCAGACACAACCGGCAACUGUCGCGCGAAGGAAUGAACGCGAGAGGAAUCGCGUGAAGAUGGUUAACAUGGGUUUCGCUACUCUCAGACAACACGUGCCAAAUGGUAUCAAAAACAAGAAGAUGAGUAAAGUAGAGACUCUGCGCUCGGCUGUCGACUAUAUCCGAGAAUUGAGAGAACUUUUGGGCGAACACGACCAUGAUGAUUUCACAUCCAACGAUACUCAUUGUAUCGACAAUUUACAAGUGCUCUCAAGUGACGAGAACUGGAACCCGAGUCCUUCCGUUUUAUCCACGUCUGCAACUCUAUCCUCUCCGACAUCAAUGACCUAUACUUGCAAUUCAAGCGCUAUUUCAUCAAAUGCUUUGAGAAAAAUCCCGAACUCUCCCUCAUCUCCACAUAUGACAACUUCUCCCUCACCGAGUAUGGGAUCCGAUGCCUCCUCUCCUUACGACUCGUUAGAUAGCAUUGAGAGACAGGUCUCGCCUGAAGAAGAAGAACUUUUUGAUUUCACGAAUUGGUUUUCUUAAUGAGGUAUUGAAACAUUCAUUUACUUAAUAUAU